AUGGCGUUGACGAUCACCACGACUCCGAUGAUGAUCACGUGGAGCUUCCGACCUUGUGGUGCACUUCUAUCAGAACUCCGCGCUGUUAGAUCUGACGGUGUUGGUGAUGCAUCUCGUCUUGGAUCAUCUCGUCUUGGGUCCCCUCGUCUGGGUGCACCUCUAUCAGAACUCCGCGCUGUUAGAUCUGACGGUGCCGGUGAUGCAUCUCGUCUUGGACCAUCUCGUCUUGGGUCCCCUCGUCUUGGAUCAUCUCGUCUGGAAUCAUCUCGUCUGGAAUCAUCUCGUCUGGAAUCAUCUCGUCUGGGAUCAUCUCGCCUGGAAUCAUCUCGUCUGGGAUCAUCUCGUCUGGGAUCAUCUCGCCUGGAAUUAUCUCCAUCCUUGCUUCUACUGGCUCUAGCCUCUGCUUCUGAUUUUGGUCUUCGGCGUACAAAAGCGUAA